AUGACUAUGGACGUGAGCAAAUCCGAAACGAAUAAAAAUGGUUCGACGCAGCAGGAGUGCGCCGGCUGCGGGAAGACAAUUACGGAGAGGUACCUCCUCAAGGCCCUGGACCUCUACUGGCACGAGGACUGCCUCAAGUGCGGAUGCUGCGACUGUAGGUUAGGCGAGGUCGGCUCUACCCUCUACACCAAAGCUAAUCUUAUCCUCUGUAAGAGGGACUACCUCAGGCUCUUCGGGAACACGGGAUGCUGCGCGGCAUGUAAUAAGCAAAUACCGGCGUUCGAGAUGGUCAUGAGGGCCAGAACGAACGUCUAUCAUCUCGACUGUUUCGCCUGCCAGCAGUGCACUCAUCGGUUUUGUGUAGGCGAUCGGUUUUACUUAUGCGAGAACAAGAUUCUCUGUGAGUACGACUACGAGGAAAGGCUAGCAUUCGCUAAUAUGGCGUUACAACCCGCUUCAUUAGCAUACAUCAAAAGGCAACUUCCUCCUACACCAACGCCUCCGGGACAGAACAUACACCCAGGACACAAUCCACUCCAGGCUCAUCAAGGUCUGGGGCAGUCGGUGGCCCAGCACAAUCAUGUGCCCAACGGUCAAAUGUCAGGCGGCACGCCGACGAUGAACGGGACGACUAUAGGGGUCGGCGGACCGAGGGCACCGGGUGAUAUGAACAACAACGGUCUGUCUGGACCCGCCCUCGGACCCGUGAAGCCACCCCCGAUGUCCAUGCAGGCGCCAACCAGCUGAAACGAGGCUUCGCCGCCUCUGAAGAAGCUCAGGUGUCUCAGCGGUUAUUAAAAGAGGAGUUUUCUUCGCUCGUGGAAUAUAAUCUGUAGAUUCCGGGCAACGGAAAAGCAGAUGAAAGGUAUACGUUGUACCACUAAGAAUGACAGAUUGAACAAAAAAAGGGUUGAAAGGGACGAUAGAGAAACCGGGCGAGGGAUGUGAAUAAGAGAGGGAGCGACGGAAAUACGUCAUACGCGCGAGGAAUUGGAUGAACUCCGAAGUGGAAUCCGAGGCUUUGUGGACAAAGUGAUGGGUCUUGGGAGAUUGAAAUCACUGUGAUCGUGGAAAAUGAACACAAAUUUAAUGGAAGUUAAUGUUAAUACAGUGUAGAACACGCGCGUGGCGCGAGCUGGAGCUCGACACACCGUAUUUACGCAGGCAUACAGAACGUACACUAAACUCUCAAGCGCAUACACAUACAUACACAUACACUCCUUCCGGGCAUCGCAAACGUUUAAAUGACAUCGUAAAAUUCUUCAGACGUCUUUCAAGCGUCUCUCAGACUUUUGCGUUGUUUGCCAAUGCACGUACGCGUCUUGUAAGAUACGACAUGACACUUGACACACACAUAAGGAUAAAUUAGAUAAUUCAUGUAAGAUAUAUUUCUUUAGCGAGAUGGGAGUGAAUGUGGAUCUGUGCGAGAAUUGCGUACGCGGGUGUGCAAGCAGCGGAGUCGUUCUGUAAAUAUAUGUGUCGUAUUCGACUACGCGUAAGUGAGAAAGAGAGAGAACGAAACAAUUACCAGUAUACGCACGCCCACCGAGAUAACUCUCGUCCCACUCGUGAUAACCGCCGUCGUCCACGUGUAAGGACGUAGAAGCGCCGGAUUCGAAGGAAGAGGGACCUUAGCGAAAAGAGCGAAAGGGACGCGAGGGGUUCUGUAACACGUGCCAUAGUCCCGCAAUCUCCCGUUUUACAGCCGGCCGAAAGCAGGCAUCCACGAAAGGGAAAGGAAACAAG